CCCCCCCCCCCCCCCCCCUCUCUCUCUCUCUCUCUCUCUCUCUAGAGUGAAUUCUUUACUUCGCCGGUAACUUCACGGUUCAAUCUCCGAUCAGAAAUAAGUUUCUUUUUGCGAAUACAAUUAAUUGAUCACUAGACAUGGAUAGCCACGAGGAUGAGUGCCGUGUUGGAGGUGAACAACAGGCCAAGCAAGAUGAUGGGGAAGCUGUUGCUCGACUUGAGGAAAUUAAGAAAUCAAUUGAAGUGAAAGCUGCUCUUCGUCAGAGCAAUCUGAAUCCUGAAAGGCCUGAUUCAGGAUUCCUCAGGACUUUGGACUCAAGCAUUAAACGGAAUACAGCAGUUAUUAAAAAAUUAAAGCAAAUAAAUGAAGAGCAGAGGGAAGGGCUAAUGGAUGAAUUGCGAAACGUCAACCUUAGUAAAUUUGUCAGUGAAGCUGUGACAGCUAUUUGUGAUGCAAAGCUUCGAUCUUCUGACAUACAGGCUGCAGUGCAGAUAUGCUCUUUGCUCCAUCAAAGGUACAAGGACUUCUCACCAAGCCUUGUACAAGGGCUCUUGAAGGUCUUUUUUCCUGGAAAGGCAGGUGAAGACUUGGAUGUGGAUAGGAACUCAAAAGCUAUGAAGAAGCGGAGCACCUUGAAACUGUUGUUAGAACUUUACUUUGUUGGAGUUAUAGAAGACAGCAGUAUUUUCAUCAAUAUUAUCAAGGAUCUUACUAGUGUGGAACACUUGAAGGACCGGGAUGCUACUCAAACAAAUCUUACUCUUCUUGCCAGUUUUGCUCGUCAAGGGAGAGUUUUCCUAGGACUUUCUCUCUCUGGACAAGAAAUUCAUGAGGAGUUUUUCAAGGGCCUUAACAUCACAGCAGAUCAAAAGAAAAUAUUCAGAAAGGCCUUUACUACAUAUUUUGAUUGUGUAUCUGAACUACUUCAGUCUGAGCAUGCUUCUCUUCGCCAAAUGGAGCAUGAAAAUGCAAAGAUUUUGAACGCUAAAGGAGAACUCAGUGAGGAAAAUGUUUCAUCUUAUGAGAAACUUCGGAAAUCCUAUGACCACUUGUAUCGCAAUGUGUCAUCUUUGGCUGAAGCACUUGACAUGCAACCUCCAGUGAUGCCAGAAGAUGGCCACACAACCAGGGUUACUACUGGUGAGGAUGUUUCCUCACCUGCUGCUGGGAAAGAUUCUUCUAUUCUUGAAGCUUUAUGGGAUGAUGAAGAUACUAGAGCAUUUUAUGAAUGCUUACCAGAUCUCAGAGCAUUUGUUCCAGCAGUAUUGUUGGGAGAAGCAGAGCCCAAAGCGAAUGAACAAUCUGCAAAGGCUCAAGAGCAACCAAAUGAGGUAGCACCUGAAUCCGAUCAAGGCCAAUCUACUCAAGAUACUGCAGAGCUAUCUGUAGAUUCUGGUACUCUGCAGGAGGGAAAAAGCAUUGAGAAAGUGAAGGAUAAGGAAGAAAAGGACAAGGAAAAAGCUAAAGAUCCAGAAAAAGAGAAAGGUAAAGAAAAGGAUGCAGAGAAAAAAGGAGACAGUGACAAGGAGAAACUCAAAGGUCUUGAAGGGACAAACUUGGAUGCUUUACUGCAGAGGCUCCCUGGUUGUGUUAGUCGUGAUCUCAUUGAUCAAUUAACUGUUGAGUUUUGUUAUUUAAAUUCAAAGUCCAACCGGAAAAAGCUUGUGAGGGCAUUGUUUAAUGUACCCAGGACAUCUCUAGAACUGCUACCAUACUACUCACGAAUGGUUGCCACAUUAUCAACUUGCAUGAAGGAUAUCUCUUCCAUGCUUGUACAGAUGUUAGAGGAGGAGUUCAAUUUCUUGAUAAAUAAGAAGGAUCAAAUGAACAUUGAAACAAAGAUCAGGAAUAUCAGAUUUUUGGGAGAACUUUGCAAAUUUAGAAUUGCACCGCCUGGCCUUAUUUUCAGUUGUUUGAAGGUAUGUGCCAGGAGCUUAUUGAUUUUUAUAUUUUUAUUUAUUUUAGUUUUUUUAUGAAAUACUUAAAAAUUUCAAUCUUUAAGUAUUGAACUCAAUUAAGACUUUGUAACUAUGUGAGACUAGCAAUGAUCAUCAUGUUGUUCUACUCUCUGUUU